AUGACGGGGGAGGAAGAUGGCGACGUCCGCCUCGUAACAAUACCUGCAGUAGAUGCUCUUCAUGAGCUGGACGAGAUGUCUCUUGAAGAGUUCGGCAGUGCCUUGAAGGCAGGCAAUUUGGCCGAUGUGGUCAUUGUACGCCCGGACGAAGAGAUAAACUCGUCAUCGCUUCUGGAUGAAGCUGUCUUGAAAGACACCAAGAGAGCGCUGAACGCACGAAGUG